CACCAACGUCGCCAUACCCAAUUCCCUCCACGCUCGCUAUGUCCGCACCGAGCCGGUGCCUGGCCACGGCAUCUAGGAAUCUUACCACUACACCAGCGGCGCGCAUUGCGCAUCGGACCUUCGCUUCCACCACACCGAAUUCGGCUGCAUUAUCACGACAGACAACGACAGAGCAGACAAGAUGCGUUCGGGAUAUACAGAGAACACGAAUUCACAGCAGGAAGAUCGCGGGUGAUUGUCAGGGACAGACGCGGUUGUUUUCACAGUCGGCGUCGCGCAGCAAGCUCAAGACGAUUGAUCAGAUCAAGGCGAGGAAUAAAGGUGGACCAUUCAACCUCACGGCAGGUAUCCUCUUCAUCGCAACUUGCGGAGGACUAUGGGCCUAUUUCACGUACGAGAAAGAGCGACUUGCACGGAAGCGAAUAGCAGAGCAAACAAAGGGCAUUGGCAAGCCCAAAGUAGGCGGACCAUUCCAGCUUGUCGACCAGGACGGCAAGGUAUUUAGCAAUGAGGACAUGCUAGGCAAAUACUCAUUGGUGUACUUUGGCUUCACCCACUGCCCCGACAUUUGCCCCGACGAGCUCGAUAAAAUGGCCCUCAUGUACGACAAAGUUGUGGCCCAGUGCGGCAAUGUCCUCCUCCCCAUAAUGAUCACAUGCGACCCCGCACGCGAUAACCCCAAAGUCCUGAAAGAAUACUUAGCCGAAUUCCAUCCCGACUUCAUUGGCUUGACAGGCGACUACGAACAGAUCAAGAGCGUUUGCAAAGCAUACAGGGUCUACUUUAGUACGCCAAGCAGUGUAAAGCCCGGCCAGGAUUACCUAGUAGACCACAGCAUCUACUUUUAUCUGAUGGAUCCUGAAGGCGAUUUCGUCGAGGCUAUUGGCAGGAAUUUCACCGCUGAUCAAGCGGCUAAAGUCAUUUCAGACCAUAUCAAGGACUGGGAGAAGCCGCUAAAGAAGGAGACGAGAUGGGAGUAGAUGCGCGAAGAUGCAGUGUCUACGCUUUUAUGCCGCUACGAGAGAGCAACAACGAAUGCGUGUAUAAUAAUAGUGUAGGAAUACGGCGAUGACAGACGUGUACUAUAAUGUAGUAAGAUGCAUGUAAAUAACACCAUAUAUUUAACAAGACUUUAUAUCGAA